UAUAUUUGCAGUGCGGGACCGCCUAAGGGAGUCUGGCAGAGUCCUUCCUUCAUCAACCCCGCCCGUCCUUUCCGAACAAAGAUUGCUUGCUUCACGGUGAACUGAACGACAAAUGCACCUGCACUGGUUCCUCGACGCCGUGCUAGUGCGAUUGACGGAGCCCAGUCACAUCGCAUGGGUCACCGCGGCCCUGACCGUCGUUCUCGGCUUCGCCAUCGUUGCCAUUUUGAGCGCUGCCAUGAACGGCUUGAUCAACCGAGGCGCUUUCGGAGUGGUGGACCCUACUUCUUUGAAAGUCAAACAGCUACCUGUAUACUCUUGGCUCGUCAAUAACAUCUCCGGUUCGAAGAACAUCAUGUUUGCAGCGUCUCUCGUUCGCCGCACGGCUGGGAAUGCUGGUCUCGCUGCUUUCAUCGCCGUCGGUGGCACAGCCAUGAUCGCCUCAAAACUGUUGGUCGCAUCAGCUGUCAUUGGAUGGGCGACGUGGGAUUUCGGUCUUUGUCCCAUCAACGCUACGAGCGUUCUCUCCGAGCACGACGUCAGGGACAGCGCCAACGCCACCGAAGCCGAUUACCGCUUUGCGAACAUCAACUCCGCUAGAUGGUCACGCGCAGUCAGGGAGUUCAUGGACAACCCCGCCGUCACAUCCCAAAACUGGGUCGACGAUGUCAACGUCACCAUUACCAAUGGAUGUCCCGAAUGGUUGGCGGUCCCCUGCCACCCGAACCCGAACCUCGCGAAAACGAUCCGUGUGCGGUUCAGCGAUCAAGCUCAUGAGUACCUCGCCACGUCAAUGGGGACGGGCGGUUUUCCCUCCGCCAUGUACAAUGUCACCUUUGGGUUCUAUAAUACCCCUUUGUCUCCCGACAUUGCACCCGAAACAACCUUCAAUGUGCCCGUCUCAACGUUUUAUCAGGACAGGGUGUCUAUCUUAACAAACGAGUUCCUGCCCAGUGACAAUGCAUCUGAUCUGCGUCAGUGGACGAGCACCGUCACCGAACCGGGGUUCCGGCCCCACCUGUCCUUCUAUCACUAUAUAUGGGCCCCUGGUUUCGCGCAAACGGCAACGGCAUAUGACGACCCGUUGUACAACUUCACAAGGUCGGGCGACGGCGACUAUGGCUACUAUUCUCAAGUGGUGUUCAGACCGAUCACAUGCAUCACGGGUUUUUCUGUUGUGGAAAGGACCGAAGAAUUUGGCGAAAUCCGCAUCACAGGCUCCACAUCGGACCUCCUCAACGGCUGGACCGAGUCGGCAACGGCGCGGGGGAUGGGCGUCCGUCAGAUCGACCAACUGUGGAGACAGUUCGCAGUCGUCUUCCGAGCCGCUGUCUUCAUGCGACAAUUGGCGUUUGACAUAUUCGGCUCCGAUCUAGAAGCAAUCAACUCGCGCUUCUACCGAGGAUCCCUGUCCACCGACGGCCUGACCCUCGAGUCGCAUUUCGCGUACAUGGCGCAUCUCCAGCAACGCGUUACAAGAGCACAGGUCAUGGCCGCGUUCCUCGGCAACCUCGACCAGAACUACACCACCGUCAAGAAGGGCCUACGCGUCCCCGACGGGAGGGUCAAAUGCAACGGAUACACCCUCUCCGUCGUGCGCAUCCUCGUCGUCCUUCUUCCCGUGCUGCUCGUCUUGCUGUGCAUCCAGCUAUGGGAUGAGUUGCUCCCUGUUGGCGUUCUCGACCGCGUGAGACGGCGAUACCCUGGGAACCGCACCCUCUGGUGGAUGGUGCAGAGCCGGUUCAACAGGCAGGCUGUGGAGAUUAUGCAGCUGGGAACGUUGGUGGAGAGCUUGCUGGGGGCGGGAGUCGCAGGCAUGGUCGUUAGGCCUGGUGGUGCUGGUGCUCGGCAGGCGAAGGCGGAUGUCAACUGUACGCUUGUCCGGGCAUAUGGCGAACCGCACCCUAAUCGGUGUGACGACAUGCUACGGGACGUGGACGUGAGAUUGCAGAUAAGCCGGGGAACGAGAUGGCCCCUGGCGUCCGUGUGGUGUCCGUUGCUCCGGACCGUUGAUACCUGCCUGAACUUGAUACCCCUUCUCGCCCCUCUGGUUUUGCGAUUAUACCUGAUGCUUGCUUCGAUUAUACCUGACCCGCUUUCUGGUUUGCCUUGUAUCGAUCUUCUCUAUUGCUGCCGCGUAUCCUCCUUUGGGAAGUCUGCGUGGGCUAGUAGCUACGACGCGUUUCAGACGCGGUUUGCGAACGUAAGUAAGGGUCUGUCCGCCAAGAUCCUCAGGACGUUCAGGACGGUAGGAGGACACCUUCCCCCAGUUACCUUGAGUACGCAGAGGCGGCCCUCGACCAUGUGCACCAAAGACAUGGAGAACCGUCCAUAGUGAGACCAAUAAGUAAAUUGCCUGAGGACAUUAGCGUGGGUUAUGCUGCGUCAACGGGCUGAUCUGUCUAUAGACCACAUGCCCAACCCUUCCCUUCACACUUGGCGCACUCGGAUCGCUUUCGAAUGAAUUUCGUUCACGAGCGGGAGAGAUACAGUCGUUGAUUUGGGGCGAAUAGCUUGUUAGCACCGGGGUC